CUCCUCUCUAAUUAAAAUAAUACAAGAUUAAUUAUAGAUUUUUAUUUUAUAUUAUAUUCAUCAUUAAGAAGAUGUGAACAUUAAUAAAAUACAAUGUGAAAUGUGAAAUUAGUUGAACUCUUUGUAACAAAAAAAGUGUUUGAACUAACUGGAAUACAGUUUUGAUAAGUGGGUCAUCCGCUCCAAGAGUAACUGAGGCACAAGAAUUAUCCUCGAGACCAGUGAAACGAAAAGUCGAUUCUUCGUCAUCCGAGGAAUUGGGUUUGAUUAAAAUUCAAAGAAGAUAGCCAGUUUUUUGGGUUUUGCAAAAAAUGAGGAGCAAUCGGUUUUUGGUGUUUUUAAAUUUAUACGAGUGUUCGUGGACUGACGUUUCGAUGGUUUAGAAUCGAAAGAUGGCGGCAGUCGGAUAGAUUAAUUUUUUAUUGUAGUGCAUUUGGGGUCGAGAAGAUCCUUGGAAUUCAGCAGUGAUGAGUUUAGGAAAAAUUUGUGGAGACAUGGGAGGUAAUGGACUUGUUUUUCGGUGCAUCCUGGGAAUUUUUGUACUCCAGACGGCAGGUGUGACGGGCAUUCAGAACGAGCCAACGUCCUCCAGAGUCUCUAGAGAGGAUGUGGUGCUCAGUGCAAGUUCAUUUGCACCAGAAAAAACCACGUCGCCUUUUCGCGAGGGUAAUGACGAUUCGAGAGAUUUCGUUAGCACACAACACGUGAUUCAGAGCUCAAGAGGUUUUGAAAGAUCAACCUCUCAGGUGAGAUUCGAGGACUCGAGCCAUGAGAGCCCUUUGGACGCCGAAAUCACUGCUUCCAAACACAUAGAGCAUAUUGACGAGAACAACAUAGAGGUGAAACCGCCAGAAUAUCAUGAAAAAGUAUCGGCGACGGGGACGAGGCUCUCGGGGGAAGCCCAGGGGGCUCCGCGAGCACGAGAUAUCGUGGCGGAGCCCCAUCAGCAACUCGAAUCAUUGCCACACCGACAGGGACGUCAAGAAUUGCCGAUGAUUUAUAAUGAUCGGACACUUCAACCGAGCAUGCAAACCGAGAUACCCAGCAAUCGACAAGCCAAUCCGGAUAUCCAGGAUAUUAUAACUGGUAUCGUUAAAUUGCUCAAUGGAAAUGUCAACGUUGCUGUCAAUACUCUCAGGCCGCACAAGCCAGUGCAAGCAACUAGAAUAAACAAUCGAGGUCCACCUCGAAUCUCUGAUCUUCCACCCCUUCCUCCGGACUUUGACACACCGGGUAUGAAUCCACCCCCGCUCCCUCCACAGGAACACCCAUACCCAUUUGAAACCCCUCCACCAGAGCGUCCAUCAAUCAAUCAGCUCCCCCCAACCCCCGAUCGAUCCCCCGCACGUCCCCCAAACCUGCGUCCAUGGAAUCGUCCCAACCGACGUCCCAUACCGCCGUAUAAACCUCUUCCUCCUCAAGAAUCCAACUUUUUCUUCGACAAAGACGACAAGAUCCACCGUAAUAACGCAACAACUCAAUCAAUCCACGAAAAUCCGACAGAACCCACUGAAAAUCCGACGGAAAAACCCCAGAGGUUCCAACCCCCAUUGAAACCAGAGAGAAUUGAUCCUGCAAGUACUCUAGUGCUUGGAGCGGAACUCCAGCCGAUUCCCAUUCCCUCACAAUCAGAACCAAACAACAGCAGCUCCAUCUUUCCCUCGGAGACGACCAGGAAAAAGAUGAGAGACUCAUCCAGCAAUCCGAGUACAAGCGCUACCAUUUCAACUCUGAAGAUCGAAACGAGUUCCUCAAUUCAAGUGAUUGAACCGACGAGAACAAUAAUUGAGAUUCAGCCAUCGAUAGUUCCUCUGGAGAGCAACACCGAGGCUUCCAGCAGCAUCAAGCCCACCCUGGAGCCAAGUAAGAGCAUUCAGGAGAGUUUUGCAAGUUCCACUGAUUAUGAAACUCAUAAAUCGACCCCGACAAAGGGUCUGGUGAAUACGAUGAGCUCCAAGUCAUCUGGUAUUGUGGAAGCCUCUUCCUCUGUGUCACCUAGUUUCUACAAACCCUCGAUGAACGCCAACACCCAUGCCUAUCACCCUAGACCAGGAAUCGUCCUCGACGAUACUCUUGAUUACACGAAGAAACAGACUUUCGCGACACAGCGGCCGCAUUUGCCACCGAGACAUCAUCAGAUUGGAGAUAUCUUCGACGUGACGGUUUCAGUAAUUCAAGGACCUGGAGGCAGCUCUGGGGAGGGUGUGAGAAUUCCAGUGAAUCCUCAUGGAGGAAGUGGAGAAGAUGUCAUCCUAACUUCUGCUGUUGAAGGUCAAGGAUUUGUCAGCAUCGACGGCAAACGGACUCAUCUGAAUCUCUUCGACAAUACCCCAGAAACAAUAUCCCCUACAAAAGCUGUUUUUCCUCCAGCAAGAACACAACCACCGGUUUUUGGCACAGGCUAUGCAGUACCCCAACCGGAUAUUCCAGUACCAGGACAUACCUAUCGUGGUACCACAGGUCGUCCUGUAUUCAGGAAAACCACAACGGACAUCGUGAGAAUCGAUACAUGCAUUGUCGGCGAUUCCAGCACUUGCGAUUCCAGUCAACACGAGGCGUGUGCCACUGUCCAAGGCGUAUCCGCCUGUCAAUGCAAGCCGGGAUUCGCUAGAAUAAUCAGGACUCUGCCCUGUAAGAGAGUAAUUAGUAUUGUUGUCUCUAUCAGAGUCGACAGAAUCUACGAUAAGGAAGUCGUUUGGAGCAACAGCUUGUUGGACAAGAACUCCGAGUCAUACCAAGAGAUCGCUUACGAAUCGAAUGUAGCGAUCGAGUCAGCGAUGUCAAUGACUCCGUACACGGACGAGUACAUGGGCUCAUCCAUCAAUGGAAUUUAUCAAGGUGAUGUUUCACAAGGACAGGGGGGAGUAUUCGUCAAUGCUACCAUCAAAUUGACUUAUGAAGCGAGAACAGCGAGGAAUUCACUAUCUGCUGAUCUGCAGAAACAACUGCUGGGGGUAAUUCACAGGCGGAAUAAUAAUAUUGGAAAAAGUGCAGUGUUUGUUAAAACUCCUGCUGGUUCCAUCUCUAAUCUUCAGGACUUGGAUGAAUGUGCGUCAACUGAGCUCAAUGAUUGCCACUCUUCAGCGGUUUGUAACAAUGUCUGGGGUGGAUUUGUUUGUGCUUGCAAAGCCGGCUUGAAGGAUCCCCACUCUGAAGAUCCAGAUAAAGCUGGAAGGGUCUGCCUGUCCUGUCCCGCUUCCCACUGCAAUAACCGGGGAUCGUGCUCUUAUCAGGGAAAUGUGGAACAUUGCACAUGUGCUGGGAAUUAUUACGGCGUUAAAUGCGAGAUUGAUGGUGAAGUUGUUGCAGUGGCAAUUGGCGCAUCAGUUGCUGCACUGAUAAUAAUAAUUCUGACCCUCGUGUGUUUGGUUAUGUGGAGUCGAAGAUGGUCCAGGGAACAGAAGGCCAUGGGUUCACCGGUCUAUGGGUACAUGCAAGGGGGAAUGCCAGGAACAAUGCCAAAUACAUUAGCUCGUGUCGGUUCAAUGGGUACUUUAGCUUCAGUUAAGCAAGGACCACCCUCUAAUAUGCCGCCUUAUAUGUGGGGUCAUCUAGCUGAUCAUAUGGCAACGGCUAAUUUAUAUGGAGGUGAGCCAAUGGGACCGACAAGGCCCAGCUCAGCAGUAUUCGGUUAUCCGACGAUGAGUGUACAUGGUACUCUUCCUCCAGUUCCUCUUCCUAGGCUCCAGGCACCUCCACGCACUCGUCAGAGGCACCUCCCAGAGCCAGACAGCUCGGAUUCUGAACCCCAGGACAAGGACAGAGCCGACCUCAUACCCCAGAGCAGUGGAUUCCAUGUGCCCAGACCAAAGUCGAGGUCCUCAUUGGCGAAUCAGAGCGGAAUUUAUUACGACGUUGAAUACGACCAGGGCGACGCACACCAUCUUUCCAAAAAUAAUAUACCCAUGUCCACGUACAGUAUGGCGAGACCGUAUUACAGGACGUGAGACGGUAAAUGUGAAUUGUAGUCGGUACCAGGUAUCACAUAGUCCAAUUUGAAGAAUUUUUUUUUGGUACGAAGACUUCAUAAUUUCACCUGGGUAAUUCCGUUAAUUCAAUUAGCGAACCAAAAACAAGUACUUCUUGUUCUGUGUCAUUGGUACACACUUCACCUAGCUCAAUACUACUAUUUAAAAUAAAUAAAAGACUAUGUAGUAUGAUUGAUAUUGAGAAAGCCCAUUAAAUUAUACAAACAAUAGAAAUUAAGAAGGAAUGAAUGUGAUUAAGCUUUAUGCAAUUCGUAGAUAUUAUGAAUCGGCACUCACGAUGGAUUGAUUCAUCAACUAUUCAGUUGAUUCAUUUACUUAUUACUAUUAAUUUGUAAUUAUGUUAAAAACAUGAAUAAUAUUGAUACGAUUUUUUUUACGUCGGUUAGGGUUUAGUCCUGUUCUGAUCAAUUGACAAUCUGUUUCUGUAUAAAGUCAAGGAUAAAUCAGACGAAAUGAUAAUAAUUAAUUGACAUAUUUGAUGGUUUGUUUUUUUUAAUAGUUAUUACAUAAUUUCCUUCGCAAGUUGAGUACAAUAAACAUCUGAAGAAUCAA